GAGCUCCCAAACAGGAGGCAGAACUUGCCUGGAAACUUUCAGAGCAACUGACAAACUUCAGUCAUGGCGGAAAGACGCAUUCCUUUCAGCUUCAUGCAAUCUCCAUCCUGGGACCCUUUCCGGGACUGGUACCAGGGCAGCAGGAUCUUCGAUCAGACCUUCGGAAUGCCGCACCUCUCUGAGGAGCUACCCACCUUUCCCAGCACACACUGGCCGGGAUACAGUCGGCCCUUCGGACAUCCGGAUAUGGCCUCCUUGAUGCACAUGAGUCAGGUGCCCAUGUCCCCCCCAGCGCCCAUGAUGCAGCCCCCGGUGAUGCCCUCCACUUACGGCCGGGCCCUUUCCCGACAGCUGAGCUCUGGAAUGUCGGAGAUAAAGCAGACGCAGGACUCGUGGAAGAUCAGCCUGGACGUGAACCACUUUUCACCGGAGGAGCUAUGCGUCAAGACCAAAGAUGGAGUGGUGGAGAUUACUGGCCAGCACCAAGAAAGAAAAGAUGAGCACGGUUUUGUGUCCAGAAGUUUCACCAGAAAAUACACUCUGCCCCCUGGUGUUGACUCAGAGAACAUCAGCUCCUCUCUGUCUCCUGAAGGAGUUCUGACUGUUGAAGCUCCACUGCCCAAACCGGCCAUCAUGGCCUCUGAGAUCAACAUCCCUGUUAACACAGUCGGCAGCAUCGCCUCGGGAAAGAGUGACAGCACAGCAGCAAAGAAACCUUGAGCUCCACAACACACACAGGCAGCAACUGUUUCACAUAAAUUAAAUAUCUUGCAUGCGCUGGUUUUUCUAGAUUAGAUGUUGGAGAGGAAUUCCCACCUCAUUUUCUGCUCAUCUUUUCUCAUUUUAUGCCCAGAAAUCAAAACAGUUCAAUAGAGUGUGUACUAUGAUUGAAUCUCCUUUAUUAACAUUAAUAAGGAAACUAUUUAUUUUACUGAAUUUAACUUUACAACAUAGAGGACACAGUCACAUUGUAUUUAUGCAAAAUAUGAUUUCUUAUAUUUUUCCCCUUAAAUAUAAGGGGUUAAAUAGGAUUUGGGAUUUUUUAAUGAAGCCUGAAUGAUGUAGGCCUACUGCUUUUCACAGCGGUCUAAAAAAGUUUGUCAAAAUCCUUCAUUAUUAUGAAACAACUUCAACUCAAUAAACUUUCCAAAGUGCUUCAGUUCCCUA